AUGAACGGAUAUCGCAUCUUGGUCCUCAUUGAGAUUAAGCAUUUAUCACUUGCACCAUACAACGGCAUAGCCCUUGCUCGGCUGCCCUGGACAACAGGUCCCAAUCCCGUGGAAGGUAAAUGUGCCUUGCAGCCCAGCCUGCAGGCUGCAGCCAGGACGACAAAAGGGAGGGUGGCCGCCCCAUCACACUGGUGCCAGUCCGAUCCAUCACGUCGAUCUCCAUCCCGUCUGCGCCUCCCCAAUAGCGUCAUCCUAGGUAUUACAUGGUUGUCGCACCGAAACAUCCCGCACGCUGCCCGUCACAUGGCUUUACUCGUUCGGCAAUAUUACAGUUCCAUGACAGCGUGUGCCAAGGCUCCUGUUCCUGUGCGGCAGUGCAGGCCUAAUUCCCAGUUCGUUCCAUCGGUGGUGGUACAGUAUGUCGCCAUGCCCGCGUGCGCCUACCUAUGUAAACAUGAGGAAAGUCCCACUCUGCAGUAUGACGGCGCCCUGCGCCGUGUUAGCUUGCGCUUUCUGGGGGAUAGCCCAGCACCCAAUGUUUCCCCUGUCUCUAUCGUACAUCCCCAUGUCUCGUACUCCUACCCCAAUAUGACAAGAGACAAUGUGUAG